AUGGCUAAGGCCUAUGACAGAGUGUCUUGGUUAUUCUUAACUAAGGCGUUGAGGAAGAUGGGCUUUUCAGAAAGGAUAAUUGAUAUGGUAUUUAGAAUAAUCAGUAACAAUUGGUAUUCUAUUCUUUUAAAUGGUCAGCAACAAGGCUUUUUCCAAUCAUCAAGAGGGGUCAAGCAAGGUGAUCCAUUGUCCCCUACUCUUUUCAUUUUGGCAGCUGAGGUAUUAACAAGAAAUUUGGAUGCCUUAUUGCAUAUAACACAGUAUAAAGGGUAUGGGAUGCCUAAAUGGAGUCCUAAGAUUACUCAUUUAGCAUAUGCAGAUGACAUGAUCAUAUUUAAUUCAGCUGCUCUGUUUUCUCUAAGGUUGAUUGUGGAGGUGUUAAAAAACUAUGAGAUGACUUCAGGGUAG